UCUUUUGCUAUGCUUAGCGAUGCGGAGAGGGACAGCAGGCGGGAGAGGAGCAGCGGCAUCUCUUCGUGAGAAGACGAGGAGAUCCGCCGACACGACCCGCUCGCCGGCUGCCUCCUCCUCUUCGUCCUCCUCUUGUUGCCUGUUUUCUGUUUCUGCUCGUGGUUUUCGGAAUCUGCUUUCGGGUUUUGAUUUACUUCGGUGUUGGACAUGCACCAAGUCGUGCCCGCUGCCCCGCUUCUAUAUCAGUGUCUCGAUAGAGACCAAUGUGCGAGUGAGUGAGAGAGAGAGAGAGAGGGAGAGAGAGAGAGAGAGAAGCGUGCGGCUCUUUUUCUUCUGUUCCGUUCGAAAGUUGCUGCCUUUUGUUCUCUGCUCCGCUUCUAUAUCUGCCAAAGCGCUUCUUUUUGUCGUCAUUCUUUGUUCUUCGACGAAAUUGAUGACACACAACAAAGUGAGCAGGAAAGAUCCAUUUUUGAUGCUUCUGGAUCGAGGUUUAAGAAGAAAUCAACGUGGGACAAGGAUCAAAAUCAUUUCUUUGUUGUGAUAUUUCCCCCUCUCUUUUAGUAAAAAUAAUGGGCCACCAGACGCAAAAAUCUAUAGCGGGGAUGGGGCUAUUCUAUCGGCCACUGCUGUCGCCGCCACCACCACCACCACCACCUCCGUUUCAUGGAGACUCUCCUUUCAGUAUCGCAAAGGGAGAAUGGUAUGAGAGGAGGGUUCCAUCAGAGGAGCAUGAGGGCAUUGAGGCCCUGAACAGGAGAUUGGGUGCGGAAGAAGAGAGUGAGAGGUCUAAUGGAAGGAGAGUUCAUGAGGAUAAGCAGCCCAAGUCCUCUGGCAGAGGCCAUUGGAGACCAUCAGAGGAUGCCAAGCUGAAGGAGCUUGUCUCCCAAUAUGGCCCCCAUAACUGGAACUUGAUUGCCGAGAAGCUUGAAGGAAGAUCAGGGAAGAGUUGCAGACUGAGAUGGUUCAACCAACUGGACCCAAGGAUCAACAGGAGAGCCUUCAGUGUGGAAGAAGAUGAAAAGCUUUUAGCUUUUCACAGGGUGUACGGGAACAAAUGGUCUCUCAUCGCAAGGUUCUUCCCCGGGAGGACAGACAAUGCUGUGAAGAACCAAUGGCAUGUGAUCAUGGCAAGGAAGAAGAGGGAGCAAUGCAGUCGUUACAUGAGAAGGAAGGCCUUCACCACCUCCCCUGACCACUGGACUCAGGCCUUGCCCCAGAUGAUGAACAUGAGCAGUGGACACAAUGCUUGGAGUGGUGACUCCUCCAUCACCAGCACCAGAGAUGAGUCUACCUCAACUUGCACUGGUCUCCCCCUCACUCCCUCCGCUUGCAGGUUCAUGCCUUGUUUCUUGAAAGAUUCUGGUCUGGCAUCACAUCAACAGGCCUUCCACUUCUUCUUGGGCUUAGAUGAGAAGCUGCAGACCAGAAGGAAUGGAUGUAAUGAAAAGCCUGGUGAACCUGGCACUGUCUUCAACAAUGGUAAAGCACCAAUGGUGGAACUUGCCAUGGGAUCUGGUCACUUUGCUUACUCUGAUGCAUCUUUUGAAGGUUCAGCAACUGAACCAGCAGCCAACCACACCAACAAUGCCUUCCUGCAAGCUGAAAGAGAUGGUGGCACCAACAAGAUCAGUGCUCGCUUCAUUGAUUUCCUGGGUAUUGGAGCAGCAUAAAUUGGUCAACUGGAAAGCUCAAAAAACCAACUCCAAUGAGAGUCUCUGCAGACACUUACAGAGCACAGAAAACCGGAAGAAGCCAAAGGUGGAAGACAAAGAACAAAACAGAACAAGAAUACAUACAACAGAUUGGUUCAGCAUAGGAAAGUAGGAGAUUGAUUCUGACACCCAGCUCUGUUUGUGCAUUGCAUCACAUCUUUUGCAGACACUGAUCCAACGAAGUAUGAUCUUAUUUUUAUCUGCAGUUUAUCUCCAUUCUCAGUUCUACACCUGCAUGACUGUACUUGUUCCUAAAUCUCAUUAAAGCUACUGCAUAACAUUGUCGUUCUUCCAUA